AUGGACUGGCCUCACAGCCUGCUCUUCCUUCUUGCUAUCUCCAUCUUCCUGGUGCCAAGCCACCCCCGGAACACCAAAGGCAAAAGGAAAGGCCAAGGGAGGCCUGGCUCCUUGGCUCCUGGGCCUCACCAGGUGCCGCUGGACCUGGUGUCUCGAGUAAAGCCCUACGCUCGAAUGGAGGAGUACGAGAGGAACCUUGGAGAGAUGGUGGCCCAGCUGAGGAACAGCUCAGAGCCAGCCAAGAAGAAAUGUGAAGUCAACCUGCAGCUGUGGUUGUCCAACAAGAGGAGCCUGUCACCAUGGGGCUAUAGCAUCAACCACGACCCCAGCCGCAUCCCCGCGGAUUUGCCGGAGGCGCGGUGCCUAUGUUUGGGUUGCGUGAACCCCUUCACCAUGCAAGAGGACCGCAGCAUGGUGAGCGUGCCAGUGUUCAGCCAGGUGCCAGUGCGCCGCCGCCUCUGUCCGCAACCUCCUCGCCCCGGGCCCUGCCGCCAGCGUGUCGUCAUGGAGACCAUCGCAGUGGGUUGCACCUGCAUCUUCUGA